UUUCAUUACCUGAACCUCCGAAGAGAGAAGAGGUAGCCCUGGAUGCACUGUGGUCCAUCUGGCUGCAUUGGACCGAGAUAUAAAACAAAGAUCAGAAGCAAAUUUGAAGAAAUGCAAAGUGAAUUGGUGCUUGUCAACAUGUCAGAGACGGAGAAUGAAGCCUUCAUUUCCUCUGAUAAAAAUAUUGGGAAAAUAUCUGAAUUAAAGGAAGAUUCAUGCAGCUCAUUUUCUGGUGAUGAAAGCAGCAGAUUAGAAAAUGAAUCCAAACUAUUGUCAUUAAAUUGUGACAAAAUUUUAUGUCUGCCUAAUGAACACAAUAGUCAUGUUGAAGCACACAAAAAUUAUGUCCCAAAUAAUGAUGGAUGUGAGGAUUCUUCUGCCAAAAAAGACAUAUGCCCAGAAGAUUCCGAACAAAUAACUAACUUACCUAGUGGAGAUUUUGCAAAGCAAGUGUCUAAAACAAGUGAAACAGAACAGACAGUAACACAAAUACUGGCAGAAUUAAGGUCACCUACAUUUACAGAAGCAGCUCAUCAAAAGACUUACUCAGAAAGUCUCUAUGAUACAGACUGCACCAAGAAACUUAUUUCAAAAAUAAAAAAUGUUUCAGCAUCAGAGGAUUUGUUGGAAGAAAUAGAAUCUGAGCUGUUGUCUACAGAGUUUGCAGAAGAACACCAAGUACCAAAUGGCAUGAAUAAAGGAGAACAUGCAUUAGUUCUGUUUGAAAAGUGUGUGCAAGAUAAAUAUUUGCAGCAGGAACAUACUAUAAAAAAGUUAAUUAAAGAAAAUAAGAAGCAUCAGGAGCUCAUCUUAGACAUUUGUUCAGAAAAAGACAAUUUAAGAGAAGAGUUAAAAAAAAGAACAGAAACAGAGAAGCAGCAUGUGAACACAAUUAAGCAGUUAGAAUCAAGAAUAGAGGAACUUAAUAAAGAAGUUAAAGUUUCCAAAGAUAAACUAGUAGCUCAAGACAUUGCAGCUAAAAAUGCAAUUCAGCAAUUACACAAAGAGAUGGCCCAACGGAUGGACCAGGCCAACAAGAAAUGUGAAGAGGCACGCCAAGAGAAAGAAGCAAUGGUAAUGAAGUAUGUAAGAGGUGAGAAGGAAUCUUUAGACCUUCGAAAGGAAAAAGAGAUCCUUGAGAGGAAACUUAGAGACGCAAAUAAGGAGUUUGAGAAAAACACUAACAAAAUUAAGCAGCUUUCUCAGGAGAAAGGCCGGUUGCAGCAGCUAUAUGAAGCAAAGGAAGGUGAAACAACUAGACUCAUCAGAGAAAUAGAAAAAUUAAAGGAAGAUAUCAGCUCUCAAAUCAUUAAAGUAAAGUGGGCCCAAAAUAAAUUGAAAGCUGAAAUGGAUUCACACAAGGAAACCAAAGAUAAACUCAAAGACACAACAACAAAGUUAACACAAGCAAAGGAAGAAGCAGAUCAGAUACGACAAAACUGUCAGGAUAUGAUAAAAACAUAUCAGGAGUCUGAAGAAAUUAAAUCAAAUGAGCUUGAUGCAAAACUUAGAGUCACAAAAGGAGAACUUGAAAAACAAAUGCAAGAAAAAUCUGACCAGCUAGAGAUGCAUCAUGCCAAAAUAAAGGAACUGGAAGAUCUGAAGAGGACCUUUAAAGAGGGUAUGGAUGAACUGCGAACACUGAGGACAAAGGCAAAAUGUCUAGAAGAUGAACGAUUAAGAACAGAAGAUGAAUUGUCGAAAUACAAGGAAAUUAUUAAUCGCCAAAAAGCUGAAAUUCAGAAUUUAUUGGAUAAAGUGAAAAUUGCAGAUCAGAUACAGGAUCAGCUUCAAAGAGGUAAGCAAGAAAUUGAAAAUUUGAAGGAAGAAAUGGAAAGUCUUAAUUCUUUGAUUAAUGACCUACAAAAAGAUAUCGAAGGAAGUAGGAAAAGAGAAUCUGAGCUACUGCUGUUCACAGAAAAGCUCACUAGUAAGAAUGCACAGCUUCAAUCUGAGUGCAAUUCCUUGCAGUCACAAUAUGAUAAACUUUCCUGUAGUGAAAGUCAGUUGCAAAACCAAUGUGAACAAAUGAGACAGACAAAUACUAAUUUGGAAAGUAGAUUGUUAAAAGAGGAAGAACUUCGAAAAGAGGAAGUCCAGACUCUGCAAGCUGACCUUAUGUGUAAACAAACAGAAGUUAAAGCAUUGAGUACCCAGGUAGAAGAAUUGAAAGAUGAGUUAGUAACUCAAAGACGUAAACAUGCCUCUAAUGUCAAGGAUCUUACCAAGCAACUUCAGCAAGCACGAAGAAAAUUAGAUCAGGUUGAGAAUGGAAGCUACGAUAAAGAAGUUAGCAGCAUGGGGAGUCGUUCUAGUUCAUCAGGGUCCCUUAAUGCUCGGAGCAGUGCAGAAGAUCGAUCUCCAGAAAACACUGGGUCAUCAGUAGCUGUGGAUAACUUUCCAGAAUUGGACAAGGCCAUGCUGAUUGAGAGGAUAGUUAGGUUGCAGAAAGCACAUGCCCGGAAAAAUGAAAAGAUAGAAUUUAUGGAAGACCACAUCAAACAAUUGGUGGAAGAAAUUAGGAAAAAAACAAAAAUAAUUCAGAGUUACAUUUUACGAGAAGAAUCAGGCACACUUUCUUCAGAGGCUUCUGAUUUUAACAAAGUCCAUUUAAGUAGACGAGGUGGCAUCAUGGCAUCUUUAUAUACAUCUCAUCCUGCUGAUAGUGGAUUAACACUGGAACUGUCUUUGGAAAUCAACCGAAAAUUGCAGGCUGUUUUGGAGGAUACAUUACUAAAAAAUAUUACUUUGAAGGAAAAUCUACAAACACUUGGAACAGAAAUAGAACGUCUUAUUAAACACCAGCAUGAACUAGAGCAGAGGACAAAGAAAACCUAAUACAAAGUUCUUGCCCAGUAAACAGAUAAAAGCCACCCAGGAGCAGGUGCCACUGACCAGUGUUGUUGGAAACUUUUCCCUACUUUGUGUAUAAGCCAGUCAAAAUUUGUUUUGCUUCAUCUGUAUAAAAAAAGUGUCCUUUUAAAAAUGGAUGCAUUGCUGUGCAUACUGUAAGAGUGUAGGCUUUGAUGAAAUUUGUUUUAUAUGGUGCAAUACAACAGCCUAUCAUUGAGUCUGAACAACUUAAUUUGCUCAUAGUCUUAAGUGCUGAACAUUACUAAAAGGGCUUUAAAAAAAAAAAAAAACCCUUCUCCAUAUUUUUU